UUAAAAAGUCAGAGGGUUUUCAGCAGGGUGAGCCCCUCAGGUGAGCUGCUGUGGAACAGCUGGGCCAGGGCAGUGCAGAGGGAAGGGGAUGAGGGGGACCCGAGGCCGACCUCGCCGGUCCCACCGUGAGUGUGAGCAGGAGGAAAAGGGGCAGCGCUGGAGCAGCUCCUUAGCAGCAGGCAGAAGCCAAGGAUGGAGAAAUGCAAACUGCACAGCGGAGAGACCCUUUAGAAAAGAGGAGCUGCAGCUGCAAGGUGUCAGCCAAGCCCCCGUCCCACUGUCCCUGCCGCAGCACAGCUCUGCUGUUGCCCAGGUCAGAGAUCUGACCCAGGCUCCUUUCGGUGUUGCCCGGUGGUUUUUAACCUGGGUCAGCUCCCCCACGUGGUUCCCAGCACGGCUCUGUCACCGGAGGGCUCUCAAGGGUACUCGGUAGCUUUGAAACUGGCACAGAUGGCCGAGCGUGUUCGGAGGGAAACAAGCAAAUACCUGGAGGAAGUGGCAGAGAGACCUGGAACGUGUACGCAGCCCUGAAGCAGGAGACAGAGAACAUUCACCACGUUCAGCACCCAUCAUACAGAGGUGAAAUACCCGCAGCCCUACACGCCAGCCAAGACCUCUCCAAAGCACGGGAUUCCUGCAGCCUAAAGGAUGAUGAUGUUUUGCUGUUAAGGCAGUUUGGUCACAGAGGGCUCCAACUGAAACCGCACCCAGGCACCAUCACGGCAAGACGCCAGCAGGCUCGAGUUCUGCUUGACAUGGCCACGUUCCACUAGGCCUGCCAUGACGGCAUUUUUUCCCGGUGUUCCCAACUGGAUUCAAGAUGCAAAGCAGGAGGAGGAAGAGACAGGCUGGAAAUUAGUUCCCAGGCCAAGAGGUGAAGAGACCGCAAGUCAGGGAAAAUGCCACUGUGAAAUAUCAGAGACCUCCUUCACUAAUGUGGACAAGCUGAGAACUCACACGCUUUCUCAUACUGAGCAGAGACCGUACAACUGCCCCCAGCUGCACUGUGGCAAAGCCUUUGCUUCUAAGUACAAGCUGUAUAGGCAUAUGGCCACUCACUCUGCUCAGAAGCCUCAUCAGUGCAUGUACUGCGAGAAGAUGUUUCACCGGAAAGAUCACCUCCGCAACCACCUGCAGACCCACGAUCCCAACAAGGAGGCCCUCCACUGCCCCGAGUGCGGCAAGAACUACAACACCAAGCUCGGUUUCAGGCGGCACCUGGCCAUGCACGCGGCUGCCAGCGGUGACCUGAGCUGCAAGGUGUGCCUGCAGACGUUCGAAAGCACCCAGGUCCUGCUGGAGCACCUCAAAGCUCAUUCCAGGCGGGCUUCUGGCGGGGCCAAGGAAAAGAAGCAUCCGUGUGACCACUGCGACAGGCGCUUCUACACCCGGAAAGAUGUGCGGAGACACUUGGUGGUGCACACGGGACGGAAGGAUUUCCUGUGCCAGUACUGCGCUCAGAGGUUUGGGCGGAAGGAUCAUCUGACCAGGCACAUGAAGAAAAGCCACUCCCAGGAACUGCUGAAGAUUAAGACGGAGCCCGUUGACAUGCUGGGGCUCCUGAGCUGCAGCUCGUCUGUAGCUGUAAAAGAAGAGCUGAGUCCCGUCCUGUGUAUGGCAUCCAGAGACAUGAUAGGUGGGAAGAGCUUCCCUGGCAUGCUGCCCGUGGGCAUGUACAGCACGCAUCUCCAAACCAUGCCAAGCUCAGGAAUGCCCCAUUCUUUGGUUCCUAAUUCUCUUCCCAUGGGAAUGAGUUAUCCUCUGGAGUCUUCUUCUCCCAUCUCCUCCCCACCGCAACCUCCUCCAAAGUAUCAGCUUGGAUCUACCUCAUAUUUGCCUGAGAAACUACCCAAAGUAGAGGUGGACAGCUUUUUGUCAGACUUCCCUGGCAGCCUGUCUCUCUCAUCUGGUGAGCCUCAGUCCUCUUCGCCUCAGCCACCCCCCCUGGAUGAGGCUUUGCUUUCCAAGAGCCCUGCUAACCUUUCAGAGGCUCUCUGUGCUGCUAACAUGGACUUCUCUCAUCUUCUUGGCUUCCUCCCCCUAAAUCUUCCUCCUUGCAAUCCGCCUGUGUCUUCAGGGGGAUUGGUCAUGGGCUACUCACAGGGGGAGACGCAGCCACUGCUUACCACUUUGCAACAUCAACCUCAAGAAUCUCCCGGAGCUGGGGCCUCCCUGAACUUUGGGCCCCUCCAUUCAUUGCCCCCCGUCUUCACCUCCAGCUUGAGCACAACCACGCUGCCACGUUUCCACCAGGCGUUCCAAUAAGCUGCAAAUGGCACUGGAGAACAGAUCUUUCGGUCACCCUUCUGUGGAGAGCCUUAAAAACGCACAACUCUUCCUUCCCUUUGGGGUGCGAAAGCUUUGCAGAGCUGUUUCAGCCAGGAGGUUCUGAUCUCUGGAGGGAGCACUUGUAGACUGGAACGGCAGAGAUCCCCGUGCGAGUCCCAGUCCUGUACAGCAGAAAGUUUUCAGCUAAUAGACUGGAUAUAUUUUAUCUAAUUCUUAAUCUGUGAAUCAGGAGCCACACUUAGCACUGACCUUCCCUGAGAGCCUGGAGCGACGUUCCUCUUUGGGAAGGGCUCGUCCCUGAGAAGGAGUUGAGACUCUUUCAUCUGGGGCUAAACUUUUGAAGAGUCCAGCUUCCAUUUCAUGUUAUGACACUGCAAUUCUGGCAAAACAGCCGAUACCUUCACACGGAGAAGGAGAAGUCAGGACACCCGCUGUGUAUGAAGCCAACGGGGAAGAGGCUGUCCUUCCCCACUACCUCUCAUCCCAUCACCUCGUACCGCUUACUCCACCGAAUCCAGCUUACUCCACAUCAGUGUUAAGCACCGAGACCGUUUACAUGGCGAAUUCAGCUCCGUCUCCUCGUUCCUCGUUGCGGAGCCGUUAGGUUAAACUCAUUUCAGUGACCUUUGUUUACACAAUGCAAAUCUCUUCCCACCGUUACAAACAUAGGAGGCACCAGGAUACACUGGCUUUAUAUCUGGUGUAGCUAGAACACUGUUUACACGAGGAAGUCAGGUUGCACUGAUUUCUCUUCACUUAUCACGUUCUUCCCCCAUGGGGAAAUACACUGCUUUUUCGGACCAUUUCAGCCCCUGCCACUGCCGGCAGCAGCUCCCUGUGUAUUUUCUCUGACUAGCCACGUGUCAAGGGGAUGGAGCAGCUCGCAGAACUUAGCUUGUUUUUGUGGUGUAUGGAUAAAGCCCUUUGAAGUAUCUCCCGCAGGCAAACAGAUCGUGCGUCUGUUCUGGAAACCAAAGCAUGUGAAGGAGCUGGGUGAGGAGGGGGCAGCAGCACUGAGCACCGUCCGACCAGGCACGGGUGGGAACGAGCCUCAGGCCCCCGCUCCACGGGUUCCCUUGAGAUGAGGAACAGAGUACGAGUUUCUAGUGUUUGGUUUGUUGAUUGUUGGUUGUUUUUUUUUGUUUUGUUUUGUUUUUUAACCACAACAGUUCAGUGAGGUCAGUACCCUUCUGGCUUAUCUACGAAGCAGUCUCAAGAGAUAGAUUUUUAUUUUUAUGUUUUUAAACCUCUGUCAUAGGGUGAUAACAGCAAGGAGUUGGGAGGAAAAAUUGGUCCCAGCUUCAUUUACGCUCUGCUACUGUACUUGAAGCAUUUUUCCCAACACUAAUAGUUGCAACAAAUGCUGAGAGUUUGGGGCUGCAGUCACCCUUCCACUUCGGAUUUGGUUCCACUGCCCUUUUUUGUUCUCUCCUUUUUUUUUUUUGAGCCUUGCCUCUUGAAGUUCUGCUUCCCUUGCUCCCUGCCCCACCUCUUAAACUCUUCCCCGGACUGUCUCCCUCCCGAGGGCAGGAGGGUCACACUGCUAAGUGGCAGCGAGCUGCUGGGUGUCAUUUAGCAUUGUCUCGUCUCCUGCUCUCCUUUUCCUGGGCCCUGGUGUUGAAGCAAUGACACGUGGAGGUCACUCACCCUACAGCAGUCCAUGUUUGUGAUUACAGACGUGCAGAUCCUCGUACCUCAGCAUGCAGGAACCACUGUAGGCCAACAUAAACCAGGAAAUCUGUCAGUAUUUUUCUCUAUAAAUCCAGAAAAUGCAAAAUCUACCUCUAUUCUGUCAUCUCAGCUCCUUCCGUGAAGCCAGAUGCUGCCCUUGCUCAGCUCCCCAGAGCACCCCCACUGCGGGGCCACCGAUCCCACAGCCUGACAUCAGCCGUGCCUCGUGUUUCAUGGGCUUGUCCCCCUUCCAUUUUACCCACAAAUUUUAUUUUAAUUUAGUUUAGGAAUUCCUCCCAGAAGGGCUGUUUAGCGAUCCAUUGAUUCUCCAAACCAUAGAUCAUUUGUUUUAGGUUAGCCAGCGAUGCUGCAAAUAAUACUUUUGUAUCAAAAUGUAAUAUAAGAUUUAUUUACCUCAGCAAUAUCCUGUGGCAAUGAUCUCCCCGAGUUAAAUGCAGUACUUCCUUUUCCCCACCGUAAACGUUGCCUUUCAAAGUUCAACGAGUGCCUUCUUGUUCUCUAACAUAGAAAAGGUAAAUAGGGCAUUGCAGCUCGUCUUCUGUUUACCACCACUGAAUACCUCAGUCCCCUCUCCUCCCGCUUUUCUCUUGGCAAACUGGAGAGUUUCUCACCGUUACCAAUAAUAUGCAAGCCUUACCCCUGUCUUCAGCUGAGAUUUUUUUUUUUUUGAGAAAUAAAUGGCCAGAACUGAUCACUUACUGCAAGUGAGGAUUAGCAGAGUUAACGCGAUGCCAUCGCACACCUUCUUCUUCUUCCCCUUCCGAGUAUUCAGCUUUCUUGCUUUUUGCCUGCAUUGUACUCUCAACAGAUGUCAUCACUGGAAUUCCUUUAGCAGCGGUAGCUAAACUUAGAGCCAGGCAUCUUUUUCCUCCCAGUAGUCUGUCAAAGAAUAAAUGGAAUUCAUUUCACUAUUA